CCGCCCCGGUAGGUGGCAGCACACAGUGAGGAAGAGGCGGCUCGAGCCUUCACCGCAUAUGAACCGCACAACACAACAGCGCCACUUUUGAGCGCUUGUCCACAUCUCUAACAAUAACAUAAGUUGUCAGACAGUAUUCAAGAACAAACGAGGGAGCAGUGCCACAAAGACAGAUCAUUCAGGUAUAUGUGGAAGGUCCAAGAUGGUUCAAGACAGUGCUCACAUUCGGGGGCGGGGGGGCCAGGACUUUUUGGCCUUCUAUGACUCUGCCUGUGCCAGACAGGAGUCAGUCCCUCUCCCUGCUGUCAAAAUGAACCUGGGCAAAGGAAUACUGGACUUUAAUGGAGACCGGGUCAGCCUCACUGACUGGCCCCCGAUUUUAAACUCUAUUUGCAUCAACAAACACUUACAUCACAUUGCAAUAAGUAGCACAUACCAAGCUAGUCUGGCUUCUGGAGAUGCAGACAAAAGGUUCUAUAAGUCUUGUCUCAGGAAGAGGAUCCCAGCCUUUCGCUCUAAGGACAUGACAUUUAAACUGUGCAAGGCCCUGAGAGAGUGCCUGACUGUCUCUCCUAACCUGAAGACUCUGCAGCUUAGUGGACUUCCGCUGAGAGAAAGGGACCUCAUUACAUUGACAAAGGGUUUUGCAAAAAGUGUUUCCUUGGAAAACCUAUCUCUGGCUAACUGUCCAAUCUCUGACGAAGGCUUAGAGGUUAUUUGCCAAAGUGUGAAGUAUUCUACAAGCAUCAGGACGGUAGACUUUACAGGAUGUCAUCUCACCUGGAGAGGGGCAGAGCAUAUGGCCAACAUCAUCAAGCAUCAGGGAAUGCAGAGGCAUGGUACUGCAUGGGCAGAGUCUCUGAGGUAUCGUCAUCCUCAGUUUGAGGGUAUGGGAGGUCUGCGCCGUGUCACACUGAACUGUAACACCUUGAUCGGGGACCGGGGCGCUGCUGCUCUUGCUCAUGAACUGGCAGAGGACCUCUGGGUUAAAGCUGUUGACCUACAGAGGUGUGGUCUGUCCAACGAAGGGGCUCGCCGGUUGCUGGAAGCCUUGAAAACAAAUUCUGCCCUUUGUGUGCUGGACAUCCGUAGCAACCCUUUAAUUGACAAGGUUCUAAUUAAAACAGUUCUAGAGAAAGUAUUGAUGAAUGCUGACGGACAGUCUUCAGAGUACUGCUGGAUCAAGCCUGCAGCCUCAGAGCCACAGAGAGCGUCUGCUCCUAAGAGGAGAGCUGUACCCAGCACAGCCAGGGGGAAAACUACAUUUAGGAUAGCCCCUCGUAAAGGACCAUCUCCCAGAGGACGGCGUUCAGACGCUGCUCCGACCCAGAAGCCUUAUUCCCGCUCCGAGUGUGUACCUUGGCGAGCUGCUGCACGAGCUGAACGCCAGAGAGGUUUUCCUCCUGGAGUUUGUGUGAUGGAUCAAAGCUUUGAGGGUGCAGCUACCGUGAAGGUUACUAUGGAGACGGAUUCAGAGGCAGAUGACUAUGAGGAAGUGGAAGAUGAAGAAGUAGUCGUGGAAGUGGAGCAGAGACCAUCUUCUCCUCAUCUCCAGGACAGGAUCACUGAACGGAAGUUGAACCAUUUACAGAUGGAGCUAAAAGAGUGUCGUCUGAGGCUGGCAGAGGAGCGCAGAGCCAGACUGAGAGCUGAGUCAAGGCUCAUGGAGUACGAGUUGGACAAUGCCCGUCUCCGUGACAACAACUUCUCCCUCUCGGAGGCGCUGGCUGCCACCGGCUCUGCUUCAGCUCCAGCGGCCGUCAGUGCUCUGGAAGAUGAGGCCGUCCUGGAGAGCAUCGAGAGCUCAUUCACAAAGUUCCAUGCCUUCCUGGAUCUCCUCAAGGAUGCUGGUCUCGGCCAAUUAGCCUCAAUGGCUGGAAUUGACAAGUCAGACUUCCAUCCUCCGGGGAGACCUCAGCUCUCCUCUACUUUAGGACGAGGGGAGUACGGGGACGGUUGGAAGAAGACUGAUGCUCCCUCUUUGGUAGACGUACGCAUCUCGCCCGCUCCUAAUGUCAGACUGCCUGACCGCACGAUGCCCAGAUCGCCACCCUCUGUCAGGGAGUUUUUGCGUGAAGACAGGCUACGAGAUGUGCUGACCUCCCAUCAUGCCUCUGCACCUGCAGGAGACCAUUGUGUCGGAGGGGAAGAGGAACCAGAUCAUUUUUCAAAGCCUGACACCCAGCAGGACUCAGGUUCUGAGCACAGCUUCCGUAGCCAAAAAUCCUUCGAUAAGGUUUCCUUUGGCAAAACCUUUCAGUCAGGCUAUCCUAAGAGCAACAGCAACUCUCCCAGAAGCAGCGGUUCCCAUAGAUACAGCUAUGCACACAGUCACUCUCUCCAUAGCAACGGCUCUCAUGGUGGACUGUCCGUAAGAUCAAGUGUUAGUGACAUUAUCAGUGAGGGGGGAGGGGAGGCUAGUGUCAGCAGCUGAGUCGGGGUCAGAGGGUAGGGUCCUGGGGGGGGAGUUCAGACAAUGACUCUUUCUGACCCACUCAUUCUGUUACUUAUUUAUGAUGUAGAAAUACUUCACAUAUUUUUUGUUUUUAAUCUUUGGGAGAAGCAAGACCAGAGUUUGUACAUCUUCAAUCAGUUCUGCAAGUCAAUUAAACAUCUUGUUGCAUUCUAGCCAAAGCACAGGUUGUUGAAUAUCCCACCAAAUUAAAAUGUGUUAUUAAUUGAGACACAUAUUUAAAAAAAAAAAUCCAAUGUAUGGUUAGUAAACUGAUUUGGUGGUAUCUACAGUUAAAAAAGUUCAUUCAACAAAAUGUGCAAGAAAAUAUUUGGGUUUUCAAAAUUAAAUCAAGUCACGAGUCGUUUUUGAUUAUCAAGUACCUCUUAAUGUCAUUCAUGUGGGAACCUAUCAAAACUCAUAGGAAAAUAAUCUUAAAAUGCCAAUUCAUGGGAGCUUUCAGUAAAUUAGUGUACUAUUACUUUUUUAUGGCUAAUUUAGAACAUAUUUUUUAGAGAUUUUUUGAUAGAUAUUUAAUAAUAAAAGUCUUCUUAUCAAUUGUUAGAAUAUUUUUGCACUUCCCUAAAAUUGAAAAUGUUGAAUAAACAUAUUUCAAAAUGUGUUUUUAAGCUUCUUAAUUGAAUAACAAACUAUUUAUGUCACUACAAAGAGGGAAAUGUGUGGAAUGCACCAUCACAUUGCAUAAUGUACCUGAUAUUGCCCCAAAUUACCUGUGAAUGUCACAUCUUGAAGAUUUUUAAAUAUGCCCUAAAAUACCUUGUUUAUGCCAUAAACAUGUUAAAACAUUUGAACUAAUAUUUCUUGAUGCAGAACAUGCAUCAGGCCCACAAUCUGUUUUCUACAUGUUAUUGUUUACUCCCUCUUUUGGUGCUUUGUCCUGAGAGUCGAGGAUUGGUGAGCAAAGCAGGACUUUUGAGUAGAACACAGUGUGCUAUUGGACAAUGUGUUUUCCGUUAACAGUAAAUGGUACAGCUCUUUGAAACGGUGACUAGAAGUACUGCAAUUGUAAAGACCUCAGUGUCCUAAUCUUUUCGUUUUUUUUGCAUCUGUUCUUGGUAGUAACUUUCCUCGGACACCUACCUGCUAAUUAUGUUCUGAUAUUUUCCAGACUGGUAUAGAGGUUUGUAGUAAGAAUAUAGUUUUGGAUGAAAAUGUAUUUUGUUACCUCAGUUUCUCAGUUUCACAAAAUCUAUUAAUAACAAGAACAAGGAAUAUUACAGGGUCAGACUGGAAGCGAAGUUAGCUUUAUAACAAAAGUAAAAGCAUGAUGACCAAACAGAACAUAUGAGCUGCUGGACAGGAGCCAACACUGAGUCACUGAGUGCUGAAACCCCAGGAUGUGGUGCUCUUAAUGUUCUCUGUAUUUUUAGCAUCAAGUGAAGUUCCUCCCUUACAUUUAUUGAACCUUGUGUGAGUAAUAAAUGACUCUGACACUUGUGGAGUUUAGAUCUG